AUAAGCUUGAUGGAAUUCUAAAUAUAGACAAAAAAGGGUAUAAAUACAAGGUGUAACAUCAGAAUUUGAAUUUCCAUAUUAACCAUGGGUAACACCUCCAGUAAAAAAAAAAAGAGUAAAGGAAUGAGUAAAAUUCAGUUUGGAGAGAGAGUUCUUUUAGAGAAAGAUGUAGACAGAGGUAUACCAAAUAAAAUUAAAAAAAAAGAUGGCACUAUUGAGAUCAUUUCUCAACAAGAAUAUAGCCAAUUAAGUCCAAAGAAGGGUGAUCCUAAUGUUGUCAGAGAUUACAUAGAAAGACCCUUGAUUGCAGAAGAAGCCAAUGAGGAAUAUAACCAUUUAUUACCAAAAGAGGCCCACAAAACCAUUGGAGAAGAUACAAGGAUUAAUGGAGGAAGUCCAAACUGAACUCUUGGAGGACAUUAAGGCUUAUUAUGAGAGUAACUUUUCCAGUAUUUGUUUAUUACAAAAUUAUGUAUUAUAAUAAAAAAAAAAAGUUUUCACUUUCAUUUGUUGUGCCUUAGACCAUUUAAAUUGACCUUAUGGUUAAGAUUGUGAUACACACUCUGAUAAUCAUCUAUGAUGUCUCUAUCAUGUUUACCUCAAAAGAUUGAAUCAGGGUAUUUGUGUUCAAAGAGCUGAAAAAACUAUACAGACAGAUCUAAGAUUUUGGAAGCAUACAUAUUAAUGGGUUUAAAUGAGAUAUAACACUAGAUUAUUAAAAAGAAAGAACAAAAACUCAUAGAAAUGAUAUUGAAAGUACCUUUUAUGAAUAAAGUGUCAUGCUCCAAGGUAUAUUUUUUUAUAAACAGGAGAAGGUUUACAACAGUCCCAUGCACUCAUAAGAAGAUCUUGGGUAGUAGAAACACCAGGGAAUUUUAAUUCCACACAAUCAGAUUAUCUUACAUCAGUUAUAAGGUUACAGUCUUUAUACAUAGUUAAGAGGGUCAUUAAGAUUUCUUUUCUGGUCAUCCUGAUGUGCUACAUUAUAGUAUUCUUUCCCUGUGAUAUAAUGUUAAUAUUAAAUGGGAAAUUCAGAAUUCAUCAGCAAUUGGAGUCAAAACUUGCUAUCUUUACCAACUAUGAUAUUAAGGAAGCUGGGGGGGGGGUUACAAAUUAGCCAUAUUUAACUUAUUCUAUAGAUAUGCUAUCUUCAGCUGUUAACUAUCAUUUGGCAAAGAAAACUUUCAUACAUUUUAGUUUCAAAAAUUGAUCAUGCAUUUUUAUGCCUUUUCUUCUUCUUCUUCUAAAGGAGAUCAAUAUAGUUUAAAAAUGACCAUGACCACCAAGCCCUGUUUAUU